AUGGAAUCCCUGCGUUCCCGGCCCUCACAGGCCCCCAGAAAGGCCCAGCGAACACAGACAAAGCUUGCAAAGCCUGGCGCAGGUCCUACCCCUCGCGAUGGCAGGAACAAGAACCGCAUCGACGACAAGAUCAAGAAGCGCAUGUCAACUCGAUAUGCAGACAUUUCCAGUCCAACCCAACUCUCUGGCAUUCCGGCAAUGCCGUCUUUUAUGGGUCUCAUCCCUGCUGGUCAGACAUCUGCCAUACCAGGGCGCGAAGGAGAGGAAGAUGUCAGAGACCGCACCGGUGCCAGAGAUGACGCCCAGGCCGCUACCGACGACAAGAAACUUCUUAGUGCUGACGAUUUUGAUCCAGCUGCAUAUCUCAAACUAAAACUAGAGAAUUCUACCGAAGCCGAACUGAAAUCAUUGCAGUCUUCUCUCCGCAAUGCGGUUGCCGAUACAUCGUCCGAACUUCAGCGGAGCGUAUUUAAAAAUUACGCCGAGUUCGUAUUGAUAUCCAAAGAGAUAUCCGUCCUGGAGAAUGAAAUGCUUGAACUUAAGGAUCUGCUGUCCGACUACAAAUCUAUGCCGUCCACUCUCCACAUCCCUGAUCCAACCUCCACCUCUUCGUAUACUCUAUCUACAUACAAGCGUUCAUCUGUCGCCGAUCUGCGAGUACUGUACUUCAAUCAAAUGCAGACACUACAUGCCUCUAUCGAAGGAGCCUCCAAGUUUGUUCCAACCACUCCAGGACGCCAUGUCGUCGGAGAAAUGGAGAAUGUAUUCAGCUUGAAUGCAGCCACAUACAAAGUUACUGGAAAGGUGAAGUUUGUUGUUCUGGAUGAUGCUGUUCUAGUGGCGAAAAGGCGAAGAAGAAACGCUGGAGGAGAUGGUGGUGGCUCCACUGUGAAUGAGGGCAAGCUAGUAGCUGAGAGGUGCUGGCCUUUGAGCGAGAUGCUGGUACUUGAUACCAAAGAUUCGCCUAACAUGACCAAUGUCUUUAAAAUCCGUCAUGGGAAGGAAACUCAUGUUUACAGGACGGAGACACCCAGUGAUAAAAAGAGUCUACUUGCUCAAUUCCGACAAGUGGCAGAGGAGCUUUCGCAGAAGCGCAGGAAGGAGCGUGAAGGCGAGCACGAACGGCGGAAAAGUUUGUGGCAGGUUACAGGAGGUGGAGGUGGGGGGCGAAGCUCGCCUGUUCCUCCUGUACCAGACUGGAUGGCUGAGCUGGCAAAAAAAGGAGGCGAUAUUCCUGGAAUUGGUACAGAUGCUAAAGAGAAAGCAGAAAGAGACGCACGAUGGGUUGGAGAGUGGUCUGAUGGCUUGACUGUGGCUAUUGCACUCAAGGAAUGGAGUAAAGCCGUAGAUCUAGUCGAGCAAGGACAAGCUAAAGCCGCCGUAAUUCCUCUCCUUGCCUCAAAAUUACCUUCGUUAACGAGCCAGCUAAUAACUUCUCUACUCGCAUCUUUGAGCCUGCACUCAAACCGUAAAACCUCUGUAGUUAACCUCAUCACCUUGCUUAAUCGUCUGAAGGCUGGUGCUGCGGCUCGCAACACUUUUCUGGAAAUGCGGUCUCAAGUUAUUCACAGUCUGAUGCGAAAAAUCCGUUUUGAGGGUGAUAUUGAAACUUAUAUAGGCGAGUUAGCCAUUGUCUACUUUACAGGGAUCAAACACACAGCAGAUUGGUAUUUGGCUAGCUUCAAGGAAAAUGAAGUUGCCAGCACAUUUAUAACUUGGACUAAACACCAGCUCGAAAGCUACUGCAAUAUUUUUCGUAAACAAGUGUAUUCCAAGGACGUUGAACCUAAAGUUGUGCAAGACGCCAUCCAGCUUACUCAUGCCCAAAGCAAAAAACUUCUGCAAGAAUACGGUCUCGAUUUUCGUUACCUUUUGGAUGACCUACUUCUGGAAACACCGAAAGAACCUCUAAAGCCUGCCGCCGCAUUUUCCUUCAGCGAACAUCGACUAUCAAAAGAAAUGUCAACAGCUAGCCUUGCGAAGCAAGUUGAACAACCGGCUGCAACAGUUUUGCCACCCGCUCCGCCUAUACCCACGCUAUCUGCAGCGCCGCCACCAAUCAACCGUCGUCGUACACCUACUCCUCUUGUUGAAAAAGCCGCACCUCCGCCAGUAGGUAACUCCGAUGGUCUAUACCCGCCAUUACCACAAUCAGCAGCUCUCAAAUCUCCGAAUAAACUUAUGACUCCCAAUAGCGCCAGCUCUGCAUAUUCUAAUAUCGGCAGCCGAUUGGAAGGUACUAAUAACGGCACUACCGCCCCUCUCUUUUCUUCCCGCCAAAACGCUCCAAAUCAUCCUCCUUCAGCAAUGGCGCGUGCGCGUACACCUGUUUCGGCGGUGCAACAACAACAGGCUUCUACACCUGUUUCAGCACCAACUGCAAAUAUACCAAACGUUUCUCUUGCUUCGCCUCUUCCUCGUCCGCCGAUGAGCGCAACCCCUUACCGGACACGAGAGCGGUCAGAUAGCAUCAAAGACAGAGAUAACAUCAAAGACAGAGAUAACUAUGGGGCUGAUAUGUAUCGCGAGAGACCACCACGGUCUGCACGGGCGAGCCCUGCGCCACGCAGUCCCGUACCUCCUCCUCCACGCUCUGCCGCGCGACCUGGGAGUGCUAUGGGACAGAGAACGCCUAUUGCAAUUCCCCAGCAUGAAGGCAUGAUUUGA